AUGUAUCAGCCAUUGGCACUCUCGGGCCGUGUCUACAGAGGUCCAUCAUCCACCCAGCGCAGGCUUAGAACGGCAGAAGAGAUUGAGAAUGAAGAUAAUGCUCUCUUAUUCCUCUUCAACCUGGGCCAACUCGUGGGAUUCGUCAUGGAGUUGCUGAGUUUGAUGGUCUCCUCCGCAUGUCGUGCUAUUGUGGCCACCUUUCAGUGGCUUGUUAUCGUGGUUGUGUUGAUGGAACUCAUCAGAGUGUCGGAACCUUCGGAUAAGCUACAGUGGCUGCAUAACACAAAUAAUGAAGGUAUCAUCCGUCCCCUUAUUAGUCACCUCAAGGCUGCAAAAGCGACAAUCACUACGACUCCAAUAAUUCGGAGAUUGUCAGUCAGAAAAAUUGAGUCUUCCCAUGUAACCGAAGCAGCUGGAGCGCAUUUCUUGUUCGAGCAAAUCGAACACGCAAGUACAAUACUCUUGCUCGUAGAAAGCAUGGGUGUUCCAGCCGACGCCUUCUUCCAGGAAAACAGAGAAAGGCUAGCAAAAAUCACUUGCAAGCUUCAGCAUUCUGGUUUCCCUUCAAACUCUAGAGAUCUCGCGAGCACUUUGGAAGCAUUCUCUAACCUACAGAUGGAUGGUCUCGAUACUGUAGUGUUCCAUGAUUUCUCUGAUCACGGAUUCAUUGGAAAGACGCUAUCACACGCGAUCCAUGAAGUCAGACAUCACGCUCUCCGCAAUCCAAAAACCAGUCAACGCUCAGAUCUUGCACACAUUCUCUCCCUCACCGCAUCAAACCUUCGUCUUGAAUAUGCUUCCAUUUUCAAGCAUGUAAACAGCAGCCUUCCUGGGCUUGUAUCUGCGCAGGGUGCAACCGAGCGUAUGGUCGCUUGGUUCGAGUCUGCUACCCAGGCGGAUGGUGUCGACUCGGCAAUGGGGCACGGACGAUGGUGGGAUCAUGUGUCUGUGUGGCCAUGGGGCGUGUCACCUAAGAGCGCAGAAAUAUACACCAAGGAGACGAUGCGUGAGCUCAUUUCAACUCUUGGCGUAAUGGAGAGUAACGCCGAGAGCCUGAAAGACUAUCUAUGGUGGUACAUCGCACAGCUCAACCUUCAAGUUCGUUCAACUUCGCCUCUAGCAAACAUCACUGCAGACGUUGGUUCUGUGGAUGAGGAACUAGCUAAAUGCGCGUUUGCAUUGCGGAAUUUAUUCUCCCGUUCGGAGACGUUGCUACAAGCGGUCCAGGGAUACUGUUGCGACGACGGGGAAUCUUGUGCUAUGGUUUCUAGACCAGUCAAGGUGGAUGUUGCCAUACCUACUUAA